CAAUUACAAAUACCUCAUCAGAUAUAUAAACCUCCGUUUCUCUAUCCGCAUAGGGUUUUCUGCUCCACUAGAAGAGCUGCUGCAGCUGCCGUUCCCCCCGCCGUCGCCGCCGCUCGUAUCCAGACAACCGCAGCCAUGGGUCGUAUGCACAGCCGAGGAAAGGGUAUUUCAGCAUCAGCACUUCCAUACAAGAGGACUCCACCGAGCUGGCUUAAGAUUUCUUCUCAGGAUGUUGAAGAAAACAUUUGUAAGUUUGCAAAAAAGGGCUUGACGCCUUCUCAAAUAGGAGUUAUUCUUCGUGAUUCUCAUGGCAUCGCCCAAGUGAAGAGUGUAACUGGAAGCAAGAUUUUGAGGAUACUUAAGGCACAUGGACUUGCUCCUGAGAUACCUGAGGACCUCUACCACCUCAUUAAGAAAGCUGUUGCAAUACGCAAGCAUCUGGAGAGGAACAGAAAGGACAAAGAUUCCAAGUUUAGGUUAAUUCUUGUUGAGAGCAGAAUUCACAGACUUGCUCGUUACUAUAAGAAGACUAAGAAGCUUCCACCUGUAUGGAAAUAUGAAUCUACCACUGCCAGCACUCUUGUGGCUUGAAGACAUAUACGGUGGAAAUAUGGAUUUGCUGUUUGAGUCAUAUUUUAUGAAAAGAGAUUUACCAUUUUGAAGUGUUUUAGUUCAACUGCUUUUCUUAAUCCACCAAGAUCUUUGUUGAUUAUAUGAGAAUAGGCUAAUUGAUCCUUUACUUGGGAGAAAGUGUGCUCUAACUUCAUCUCUUGUAUGGAAUUCCUUUACACUUGUGUUCUCCAUUCCAACACUUGGAAGUGAUCUCAAUACACUAGUUGUGUGAGAUUUCUACAAUGAGGCAGGAAUCUUUAUGGGAUUCAUGAGCUCAUGAAA